AGUGCAUCAACAAACUGCGAUUCAUUCAACUCGUCUAUAUCCGAUUUACACUAGAUUCACUGGAUUCACCGAUUCACUAAACUCACUGGACUCACCGGAUUCACCUGGAACUGUUUGCUGAAGCUUUCCGCCACUCGUGCGCCAUGGCAACAUCCGGCUCAGUCGCCGCCCAUCAAUUGAGGGAACGACAGAAUAGCUUCUCCCAGGUGUCGGAGAGCUCGCAAACUGCUCAAGAAUUCAUCAAUAGCCAGCUGCAACUCGAAGAAGAGGCACGUGAGGCGUUGCCUUAUCAGUUCGAUACCUGCACCAAACCAUUGGGCCCGUUGCGACAGCUCGUCUUCUCCUGCUUGACAUGCAAUCCUCCUCCGUCUUCUUCAUCCGAUCCAUACAAUGCGGCCGGAGUCUGCUAUUCCUGCUCGAUAUCGUGUCAUGGCGACCACACCCUCGUCGAAUUGUUCAAUAAGCGCGACUUCGUCUGUGACUGCGGAACGUCUCGCUUACCCGAGUCCACACCUUGUACGCUGCGAAUCAAUCCGGUGACCGGGACGAAAGGAGACGUGCGCUCGGAGCCACCGCGCGAAGGCAACUCGUAUAACCGCAAUUUUCGGAACCAGUUCUGCGGCUGCGGCGAAGAAUAUGACCCACAUCAAGAGAAAGGGACCAUGUUCCAGUGUCUGGGCCUGGGAUCCGAGGCGUCUGGCGGAUGUGGGGAGGAUUGGUGGCACCCGGAAUGUCUGGUUGGGCUACCUCGAAACUGGGCGGAAACACAUAAAGAGCAGCAAGAUAAGCUCUUAGCGCCUACUACAGAAGGAAAUGCACCGGCCCCUGAAGGGCGGGUGGAUGGUGCUACAGUCAAUGAGGAGGAACCCCCACUACCACCGGGCUUCCCCGCAGAAGAAGAUUUCGAAUCGUUCAUUUGCUACAAAUGUGUCGAGUCAAACCCCUGGGUCAAACAGUAUGCGGGUUCUCCAGGCUUUCUCCCGGCCGUUUACUUCAGGGGUUCUGCAGUUAAAUUCAAAGAAGGCGAUCAAGAGUCUUCAGCAAAUGGUCAACCAUCAUCUCAGGGAUCGGCCCAGAAGCGAAAAGCACAUGAUUAUGAUGGAGACGAAACUGGAACCGCCUCCAAGCGGUUUAGGUCGGUGGACAAGGAUGAGAACGACAAGAGUGAGACCAACGGGAGUGACGCAGUGGCUGAAGCGGACAUUCAACAAGACAACAAAACCGAUUCCCACCCUUGCAGAAUAAACAGCCUUCCUCCCGCACCAUCUGGGAAGGUGUCCCUUUUCCUACAAGCCGAUUUCCGGGAACGAUGGUGCAAGUGCCCGCGGUGCUUUCCUUUAUUGGCGAAGCAUCCAUGGCUGUUGGAGGAGGAAGAUACGUACGAACCUCCCAUUUCCGAAGAUGGUGAACAUGAAGACGGUGGGCAAAGUGCGGGGACUCGAAGCAUGCUCGACAUGGGCGAGGCUGCAUUGAGUAACGUUGAUCGGGUCAGAGCGAUUGAGGGCGUCAUGGUGUACAACAAACUCAAGGAGCAGGUCAAAUCAUUCCUGCAGCCGUUCGCCGAGAGCGGCCAGGCUGUGAGUGCGGAGGAUGUCAAGCAGUAUUUUGAGCGGUUGCGUGGUGAUCAAGAUGGAAUCCAAGCGGCUGCGGCUCAAAGUGCAGAAGCGAAUGCAAACGGAGAUAACCAUCGUAGAGACGAGGGCAAAGGUAGGAAUUCUUAUGUUUUAUGGUGUCCUGCUAGUUGCUAAUCGGUGUAUUCAUAACAGGUUAUUGAUAUCUUCCUGGAUCGAUUCUGUCGGGAGGGUUGAGCACCGGGUAUGGUGUUUGGGCGAGUUAUCUGAUGACUGGCACGAGUGCCAUCAAAUCCGACGGAGGACUAUUGGUGAAUUAUUCCAUUGCUACCGAUGGAUUGGCAGAUACCCAACCUGUAAUAUGAGUUAUGAAUCGGCUGUGCUGUAUGAACCACGCACUCAACGAAAGCAGGGCUAUUAAUAAAUAAUACAUCAAUAGUUUAAUACCGAAGUGUAACAUGC